UUUUUUUUUAAAGUUUUUUUGGUUUUAUGCAUGUCGGUGGGUUGAUUUUUUUUCAAUAAUAAAGUGGCUUUUUACUAUAAAUCAUAGAUUUCGAUGGGGGAGUUAUCAAGGGUUUAGAUUGUAUAGUGUGCGAAUGGUUGAGGGUUUUUGCAGAUAUCAGGGUAUUAAAACGCUAUUUCUCCUCCACCCACCUCGUAUUUAGGUCUUUUAUUUUUUCAUGCAAUUCGGAAGCUGACAGGUUUUAUCUGGGUGCUGUAUUGUUAGUGUUUACUGAGGAUUGCGGCAGUUAAUUGGAAAUGUAUAAUUUGGGUUUUUGUGUUGGUAUAUCUGUACGGGGAAGUGUUUUUAGGGUUUAGGGUUUGAAAUCAUCAAUUGGUUUUGAUGGGCAGUAAGUGUUGAAGGGAAUUAUGAAAGUGGUAUGUUUGUGGGCGUGAUGUCACUUGGAAGUCUGUGUUGAUGUACUUCGUUUUACAAAACGGGUGUGAUGGAGUCUACCUGACUUCAAAUGCAUUGUAAAACAAUAUCAAUAUGAGUUUUUGUUUGUAAUCAAUAUGCAUCAUUUAUCGUUACGAGCUGAAUGCUGAUCCCAAAAUCCCGGUCCCGGGUUAGAAGAUGGAGCAGCAAGCCCCAGGACAACAGCAGCCGGUUAUGGGAGUUGUAAGUGGUGCACCUCAAAUGCCAUAUGGUACGUCGCCAUAUCAAACAACUCAGAUGGUUUCACCUGUUGCUCCAGGUUCUGUUGUUGGGACAGUUCAGUCUCCUGGCCAGCCUGCAACUGCAUACCCUGCAUCUGCUGCCCAGCUUGCGGCACAACAUCAAUUGGCUUAUCAACAUCUUCAUCAGCAGCAGCAGCAACAACAGCAACAACAGCUUCAACUAUUUUGGGCUAAUCAGAUUCAAGAUAUUGAACAAACAACAGAUUUUAAGAACCACAGCUUACCAUUGGCUAGAAUCAAGAAAAUAAUGAAGGCAGAUGAAGAUGUGAGGAUGAUAUCAGCGGAGGCUCCCGUAAUAUUUGCUAAGGCUUGUGAAAUGUUUAUCCUGGAGCUUACCUUGAGGUCAUGGAUUCAUACAGAGGAAAAUAAGCGGCGCACUUUGCAGAAAAAUGAUAUUGCUGCAGCUAUAACUAGAACUGAUAUUUUUGAUUUUCUUGUUGAUAUUGUACCAAGAGAUGAGUUAAAGGAGGAGGGCCUUGGCAUUCCUAGAGGCCCUGUACCUGUCGGGACUCCUGCAGAAUCUGUGCCAUAUUAUUAUGUUCCUCAGCAACAUCCAGCACAAGUAGCACCCCCGGGUAUGAUUGUUGGGAAGCCUGUGGAUCCUUCACUUUAUGCUCAACAACCUCGUCCCCCAGUGGCUUACAUGCCACAGCAGAUGUGGCCACAACAACAGAUGCCAGAGCAGUCCAGGGGUCCUCCUUCUAGCAGUUGAGGUAUUCUCAAGUUGUUUUCUGUUACCAGCAGUGAGCAGAGGUAGGAGGCAAAAUGUGCAAUUACUCUUGAUUGAAUAGAAAGGUACAUGCACAAUUCACGCUGGUGAGAUUUGUUUCAAUUAAAUGCUAAAACUGCAUGUAAAUCAAGGAUUAAUUUUAGGCUUCAGCAAGCUAUUAUGUUUUCUUUGGUAUUGUAGCUGCCACCGUGGCUUCAAAAUUGGUUAAAUGGAAUCAACAGAGAUGUUGUGAACUUUCUUUUUUAACCAUGACUUUGGUUGAAUUUCUUGUUUAGUGGUUUGAGAAGGUUAUAAUUAUUAUAUUUUUAUUUUA